AUGGGUACGUUCCUUUCUUUUGUCCUUUGGGAAGCUGGCUCGAACAGGCAGUCAUCGCCUGAUCUCAUAAUACCACAGCAGUUCUUUACUGAUCUGCCUGGCUGCUCGGCUAUCAUCAGUGGAGACGUCGAGGACAGGCAAGGCGAAUUAGAAGUUCUUCUGGCAUCCAGGAAAAGACAGCAUAGUUUAUCUGAGGACUUCUACCUUAAUGUGACAAAGGACUGUUCAUCUUACAUUAAAAACAGAGGUUUCAUUACAGCGCCUCUGAGUCAAGAGGAAAAGGAUUUUCCCAUUGCCUAUUCCAUGGUGAUCCAUGAGAAGAUUGAGAUGUUUGAGCGACUUCUACGAGCUGUUUACACUCCUCAGAACAUCUACUGUGUGCAUGUGGACCAGAAUUCCUCUAAAGAAUAUCAGAAGGCUGUGGAGGCAAUAGUUUCCUGCUUUUCUAAUGUGUUUGUAGCCAGUAAAUUAGAAAGCGUGGUAUAUGCCUCAUGGUCCCGAGUGCAGGCAGAUCUGAACUGCAUGAAAGAUCUGCUGAACUCACAUGUCCAGUGGAGAUACCUCCUUAACACCUGCGGGACAGACUUCCCCAUCAAAACCAAUGGAGAGAUGGUUCAGGCACUGAAGGCCCUGAAUGGGAGAAACAGCAUGGAGUCUGAAGCCACCAAUGACUACAAGAAAAGCCGUUGGCAGUAUCAUUUCAAUGUAACUAACACUGUCAUCAGGACAGAUGUGAGGAAAAGUCCUCCACCCAUUAGCAGCCCAAUGUUCACAGGAAAUGCUUAUAUUGUGGUCACAAGAGCCUUUGUGGAACAUGUGAUGCAGGACAGAGAGGUUCAGCAACUUCUGGAGUGGGAGAGGGACACAUACAGCCCUGAUGAGCACUUGUGGGCCACUCUACAAAGGAUGCCCUCUGUUCCUGGAUCAAUGCCUGCCAACAUCAAGUAUGAUGUGUCAGACAUGCAAGCUCUCGCUCGUGUGGUGAAGUGGAGCUAUUUAGCAGGAGAUAUGAAAGAUGGAGCCCCGUACUAUCCUUGCACUGGCACUUACAGAAGAGCAGUUUGUGUGUACGGAGUUGGGGACGUCCCGUGGCUCCUGAGACAACAACAACUCUUUGCAAAUAAGUUUGAUCCUGAGGUUGAUGAUGUCGCUAUUAGAUGUAUGGAGUCAGUUCUGCGUUUCAAAGCUGUAAGGCCGGUUACACACUGA